UUUGUUUACCUUACAACAAAUGCUAAAUUAAUGGGCAUGAAGAUAAUUGGCAACUGAAUGUGCCACUAGGGUCAGGAGUGCAUUUCAAAGUCUUACAGAGGGCACUCUUCCAUCCUACUGCCAGGGAGAGAAAUAAGUCACUAUUUUUAGCAAUGAUCGUAUGGCUGUGUGGAUAUUUCCAGUCUUAAUGUCUUAUUGAGCUGUGUAUUCCCCCUCAUUAAAGCUCUCCACCAGCUCUCUGUGUAGACCACUCCACACUCACAGAGAGCCAAAGCCCUCUCAUUCAGUGUUGAACCGUCAAAUUGUCUUCUCUCUGAGGCUUUUAAGGGAUAGAGAGGGGCCUGUAGGCCUGACAGAGAUGGGCUUUGGGAUGAGUUAUACUGACAGGAAACUGACAGCUUCAGCUGUGACUGAGGCUCAUAAGAUUAGUAUUUCCUCUUCCUUUUAGUGGCAGCAUGUGUACUCCCCAGAAGUCAGAGAGUUAGGGACUCCGGUGACUCUAGGCUAUUAUCACUUUAACAGUUUACUAGUUAGGCUGAUAAACAAUAGAAAAUCCCAUGCCAUCACCAGAAUUUAAAUACAAAAAUUAAAGUGCAGUUAGUGUUUUUCGCUUGUUAUGAAAUAAUGACGUCUUGUAACAUAAUAGCCCAGAAUUAGCUUUUAAGUGUUGAUGCUUUCUUUUAGGUGUUUUUAUUUAUGUUUUAUGGGGCACAAACAGAAAGUCUCUAUUCAGUAUCCUUGUGUGAAUGCAUUAUGACCUCAUAAAGGCUAUGAUGCAGCCAGUCAUCUUGCUUCCUUUAGCUAGCUGGCCUUAUGUUGGAUUUUUCCCUUUGGCAACAGCACACAAAACUGUCCCACGGUCACCAAGCCUUUAUUCCCUGGGAGGAUGGCUCAAGAGACGAACCAGACCCAAGGGCCUAUGCUCUGUGCCACCGGAUGUGGAUUUUAUGGGAACCCACGCACGAAUGGCAUGUGCUCAGUCUGUUACAAAGACUUCUUACAGAGACAGAACAACAGUGACCGAGUCAGUCCGGCAGCAGUGUCGUCUGGAGUCAGUAGUUUGGGAGAGUCUCUUCCCACGCAGUGCACCGACAGCAGCACUGUGGACGUGUCAUCAGCAUUCAUCCAGGCAGCCUUGCCACUCGAGACAAGCAGCAUCGUAGCCAGCCAGACCCUGCUCUCUCAAGCGCCUGUUACACAGUGUGAAAACGAGGAGUCGGCGGGGGCCAAAGUAGACCUGAAAACAGAAGAAACGCAAAUGGGUGCAUCUGUGAGCAUAGCAGAGAGCCUCAUGGAUGGAGCAGUUAGCUCAGGGACAGCAGCAGCAGCCGCAGCUUGUGCAGAGGACAGUGUUAAGAGAGGCAAAAGGAAGCUAGACGAGAGCGCUCAGGAGCUAGACGGAGAAUGUGCCUCAGGUUCCGACGGGAGCGGGCAGACAUCUGUAGAUGACCAAGACAAAUGCGCUGGCAAGAGCAAAGCCAAGAAGAACCGCUGCUUCACCUGCCGGAAGAAAGUUGGACUCACAGGCUUCGACUGCAGAUGUGGCAAUGUGUUUUGCGGCAUCCACCGGUACUCAGACAUUCACAACUGCACCUUUGACUACAAAGCCGACGCUGCGGAGAAAAUUAGGAAAGAAAACCCCGUCAUCGUCGGAGAGAAGAUCCAGAAGAUCUGAAGAGCCAUCUCAUCAUGGGUGCCAGGGAAUGUGUGGAACACGGAUCAGCGACUUUCUGUUUUUGUUUUGUUGUUUGUUUGUUUUUACCCCCCUUCACUUUUCAAUUUGAAGUUGCUCACGAUAAUCUGAGCCAUCUCCAACAUCUACUCACCUUUAAAUCAUGCAUGCUACCUGGAAACACUUUUUACACAUUUUUUUUGUAAUGUUUUUUUUUUUCAUUUUGCAGUUACUCAAAUUUAUUUCCCUAUUAAUAUUGUGGAUCGUGUGAGCAAAUCUUAAAUAGACUUUUACAAGGAAAUUAUUCAAUUUUAUUAUAUUUUAAGUUGAGUUACAAAUAGGGCGCUACAUUUAAGGUGGUGAGACAUACUAGAGGGGCUGUGCUUUUCUGGUGUCUUCUUUUCCUCUAUAAAAAAAAAGUUGCAUGUCAACCCGUUAAAGAUUAUUCUUUUCCAUCCUUGUACUGUAUGCUCUUCCAGUAAAUGAAUGUAUGCUGAGAAUUAUUGCAAUUUUGUUAUGGACAGCAUAGAGAAAGAAAACUGCUCAUUUCCUCCCACCACCUCUCAUUAAUAUUUUUUGUUAGUCACGGAGUGUAUGGUUUUCAGUACAAAUGUUUGUGUGGAUGUUGUUUUGGGUGAAUAGCUUGUAUGCACCUCAGUGCUGGUUAUGAGUGUUUAUGAGAAUAAUAUAGUUCAUUUAUGAGCGUGCACAGGAUGACCUGAGGUGUAUGUGCUGUAUUUAUGUUUGUUUAUUCACUGUCUCUGCUUUGAUCUGAAUAAAAUUAAAAAAACAAAACAAA